AUGUCGAGGACCUCGAAGGUGAUGCUGGACCUGUCGGGGCUGCUAACGGCGGCCACAGUGGCCGGCGUACCUGUGAAGCAGCGGUGGGACCAGCAGAGGCUUCAUGACGGAGUUAUCAGAGACAUUCAGAGGCAAAAUCGGAAAAAGGAAAACAUUCGUCUUUUGGGAGAGCAGAUUAAAUUGACUAAGCAACUUGAAGCAGAAAGAGAGAUGUUGUUGGCAAAAGAAUCUCAAAAAACGACUUGAAUGUGAACUAUCGAUGGGACAGACAACAUGAGUGUGUGUGUGUGUGUGUGUGUGUGUGUGUGUGUGUGUGUUGACGGAGAGUAGCUUAGUGGCGUCUUCAUCUUUUUUUGGUCACUGUCCUUUUAAAGUUGAUCAGAUAAAGGACAGUGGAUCAUAUAUUGUAAAUUACUGCUUUCAGUGUCCCUUCUAUCUGAAUAAAGGAGUGUGGGCAGACGCUCUUUGGAAGAGCUUUGUCUGUAUGA